AUGGAUAAUUCAGGCGAGAAAGUCAAACAGGACGACAAAGGUACCUCGUCAGUCCCUCCGGAUUCCACUUCAGAAUCGACCGCAGGCUCUACGACCAUCAUUCCAUUUGACGGCAGGGGCGGGGAUCCAGCAACCCUUGUUGGUCGUGAGGUGCAAUGGUACUCCAGGAACGCGCGUCCAACGCGUAUUGAAUUCGAAUGUCCCGAAGGGAGGCUGCAAUUUUUUGAAGAAACUUGGAAUCCGGGCAAUAACGAUGAGGACGAAAAGGAACUUAAAUUCUGCAUGGAUGAUAACCUUGAGGAAGCGCUAGAGGGACUAGGCGGCCAAGAUGGUAAGAAGCUGAAAAUAUUAGAGGCGGUCGUUGCUUUGCGUGAGGACAAGCCGUGUAGCAUGGUAGUAUUUCCGAAGCUCAAACAUCGCGUCAUUGGCAUUCGAUUGGAAGGAAUGGACCGCUUGGGAUAUAUUUCUUGCAAGGAGGAGUACUAUGGCGAGGACGAGGAUGACUUCGAGGGAUAUGAAGUGUGCUUCUACGAUGUCGUGUUGGCUUCGCGAAGGAUCAAUUUCAGGGCAAUGCAUUUUAGUCGGUGCUUCAUUGAAUUGAGACUGCUUGAGCUCAAUCUUGUCUAUGAGUGGUUGAUUGUCUAUGCAGAUGUAUCGGGUAUUUUCGCGUCAUGA